CACGGCCCAUCAAGUUCACGUUUUCAAAGUCGAAUCCCGACCUGGUGGCCACUCCUAUACCUAUACAAUGAACCACGAUGGUCUAUCAACAGGAGUGGACCUUGGAUUUAUCAGCUUCAACACAGUCACCUAUUUGAUCCAAAACAUUCGAGGGAUAUCGCACUACGGAGCCUGGACGGGGUUCGGACUGCAUGAGGACGGGUUCACAUCGUGGCGGCCAGCGCAUUUGAGACAAGCUAACCCUAUCUUAAGUACCGUAGUCAUUCCAGAGUCCAACCAGGGUAUACACCCAAGUUGUCAGUCGUAGCAUACAUACAAGGCUGAGAUCAC